CCCAGUCAUCCUCUGCUGUUGUGUGCUGCUCGUCACAUUGUGUAAAGGAUAUCUCCCCAGAGCGCAUCGCCAUCACAUACUCUAUCAACAUCAUUUAAUCUCUUCAGGAAUACUGGUCUCUAAAGGUGGUUUCAAGGUAUCAUUGAAAAAAUCAUCUUCAAGACACGAAUCACAGCUGAAAGCAUAUGUGGGAGGGUUCCACCUCUGGUGUAACCAAGGUAUUAAGACCACCGAUGGAGAACUCCUCAGUAAUACCUACAGGGGCCCCCCAGGGCCUGGACUUCUUCAUGGUGCUGUCCUCCGGCGAGCGGAAGGCCAUCGGGGUGCUGGGCCUGCUGGCGGGGGCCGUGGCCCUGCUGGAGAACGGGCUGGUGCUGGGCCUCAUCGCCUUCUGCCCCGCGCUGCGCCGCCGCCCCACCUUCCUCUUCAUGGGCAGCCUGGCGCUGGCCGACCUCUUGGCCAGCGCCUUCUACUCCGUCAGCUUCGUGGACUUCCACCUCUUCGGGCGGCAGGACGGGCCGGCGGCCUCGCUGGUGAAGCUGGGCGGCGUGACGCUGGCCUUCAGCGGCUCGGUGGGCAGCCUGCUGCUCACCGCCGUCGACCGCUUCCUGUGCCUGCACCGCGCCCACCGCUACCGGGCGGUGCUGACCCGGCGCCGCGCCCUCCUGGCGCUGCUGCUGCUCUGGACCGCCACCGUCCUGGUCUCCUUCCUCCCGCUGAUGGGCUGGAAGUGCUCCACCGGGCUGUGGCCGCCCUGCUCCGAGCUCUUCCCCUACGUCAGCCUCAGCUUCCAGUUCUGCUGGACGGCCGCCAUUGUUCUGGAGCUGCUGGUCAUCCUGGCCGCCUACGCCAUGAUCCUCUGGAAGGCCCGCCUCCACACGGCCGCCAUGGCCGCGCUGCAGGCCGCCACCGGCCCGCAGCGCGCCCGCGUCCGGCUGGACCUCCAGCUGGCGCGCACCCUGAGCCUGGUGCUGCUCAUCCUGGUGGGCUGCUGGCUGCCGGUGCUGGGCUUCAUGCUGGCCGACGUCUCUACGGCGCUCAGCCCGGCCCAGAGGAGGGCCUUCGCCUUCUGCAGCAUGCUGUGCCUGGUCAACUCCGCCGUCAACCCCCUGCUCUACGCACUGCGCUGCCAGGAGAUCCGGCUGGCCCUGGUGGUCAGGCUGCGGUGUCUCACGGGGGGAGGGGCCUGCUGGCGUCGGAGGGCCGGGACCCCAACCCCCCGGGAGUCAGGACCGACCCAGCCCGACAUGUCCGGAACGGGGAUCAGCUCCUAUGGCCUGACCACCCCCUGGGGGAGCCAGCAGGAGGUGGGCAAGGGGGGGCAGCAGGAGGUGGGCAAGGGGGGGCAGCAGGAGGUGGGCAAGGGGGGCCAGCAGGAGGUGGACAGGGGGGGAGGAGCAGGAGGAGGUAACGGGGAAGGAGUAUAAGGUUAAUUAGGACACCUUAAUUAAAUAUAGUUAGUUACAACCUUUUAUCUACAACAAUAAUGAUGUAAUAUAAGAAUCCGAUGACGAUGAUGAAGUUAUGACACCGUUAUGGUAUUAGUACUAUCCGUCUCCAGAUUCCAUAUGAAUGAAGGGUCUGUUCAGGACAGGCUAUGGGACUCUGUGGAGCUCCAUGUCGUAUUAUAUCUUCAUUUAAGGACGAUAAUAUUAUGUGUCAUAAGAUAAGAUCCUAUUAAUUGCUGACAGACCGGAGGCUGGUGGAGUCCCUUCCCCAUCCUCCACUCUGUACAUCCUAUAUCUAAAUAUAUGGCUAUAUCUAGAUAUUUAAGGUAAUUGUACGGCUAAUUAUGGUAAAUUCUAACAGAAUACAUUAAUUUAAUUUGACAUAUUAAUGUUUCACGUCACCAUAAGUGAUUGAAUGUAUUGCUAAUGCUAGCCGCGCUGCUAAUGCUGCCCAGCUGUGACCUCAGCAGCCACCCCUGGACCCCCCUGUUCUUCAGCUGAAACCAAGUGCUGAGUGCGUCUGACUCCAAACCCAAACUAGUUUUAAUAGUAAGAAGCGAUAGCAGUUGGCGACCUACUGACUGGCAUGCAUACACACAGAACUGUUACCUGAUCAAAGAGAAUUAUGAGCGCAUUUUUUAGAUUUCUAAUGUAUAUUCUUAACGAAUGAUGUGAUAAAGUUCAAAAGCUUUAUUUGUCCAAUAUGUUGCCAUAUUAGCAAAUUGUCUUUGAUUGAAGGCAGUCUGUUCUCUAAUUGUGUUUAUGUGGUGCUUGUGUAAGGAGUAUAUUGUGUGUGUGUAUUGCCUUGGGUGUGAAGGAUU